GGUGGGGGCGGCGUGGUGGUGGUCUUCUCCUGGAAGAGGCGAGCAGAGAGUAGCAGCAGCAGCAGCAGCAACGGCAUCCAGAGCGCAGAUUGCGCCCCAGCUGCGUUCCGGGCUACACCUGAGGAAGGGGAGCCGAUAAGCGCUGGCCGCCACUUCUGCUGCCGCUGCGCCUCCUCCUCCUCCGGUCUGCAACCCAGAGCCGGGCUGUUGGGCUUCCUCAUGUAGCGCCUGCCCCGGCAAGGGCUGAGGGAGGGCCUGCAGUACCGCCACGACCCGCCCCCUCCCUCGCUCGCGCCUUCCCUUGAGGUACUGGGAGGGAAGGGGUGCACCACGUCGCUGGGAAGUCUCGCUGGAGGAGGCAGAGGACCAGAAAGCACAGCUUUUUUCCGGGGAGGGGAGAUUAUAGCUAGCCCCUUCCAGAGGCAGAAAGAGUUGCGGGGGGACUUCCAUGGAAGGUUUGUUUAACUUCUUACCUGAGCACCCUAGAGUGAGAGCUGAGGAUCGCCUGUCUAGUUCCUUUCUGUGUCUCACAAGUGGAAGGGAGAGGACUUGCUGAUAAGGACUCUUCUCUGUUUCAUGUUUCGUCACCCAAACAGCAUAUUAGCUUUGAUCUCAUCAAGCGCCCACCUUCUCCAGGACGGCCAAGCAGAAGAGGAACAGAAGGGGUUUGCCAUGAGUCGUUACAGCUUCUCCAAUCUUCUGGACUGGAUGUACGGUGGGGUGGACCCAAGCUUUGAAGGCAACGGGGGUCCUGAGUGUGCUGCCUUCCUCCCCUGGCAACAGCGCCUGGUAGAGACCCUGAUCUUCUUAUGCGUGGGAGUUCUGGAGGUGGUGGUGUCCCUGAAGAAGAUCAGGCGAACCCAUUCCAAGGAGGUGGUGGACCUGCUUGCUCAGUCUCGGAAGAAAGAGGAGAGCAUAGGGAAGAACCUGUUGCUGGUGUUCUUCUGCCUCACUUUUGGAUUGGAAGUGGGAUUCAAGUUUGCUUCUAAGACAGUCAUCUACUUGCUGAAUCCCUGCCACGUAGUUACGAUGAUGCAGAUUUUUCUGCUUGCCUGCCCACCCUGUCAUCUUGCAAUGGUUGUCUUCAGGUUGCAGAUGCAUAUGCUUAAUGGGGCGCUCUUGGCGUUGCUGUUUCCUGUGGUUAACACUCGAUUGCUACCUUUUGAAUUGGAGGUCUAUUACAUUCAGCAUGUCAUGUUGUACAUUGUUCCCAUCUAUCUACUGAAUAAAAGAGGUGUCUACACUCCUGAGCCAUCUUGGAAUUUCUGGUGGGCUUUAUUAUCCACUGGACUGAUGUUUAUCUACCACUUUAGCGUUUUACAGAUUCUGGGACUGGCCACAGAAGUGAAUUUGAACAAUAUGCUGUGCCCUGCCAUCUCGGAUCCUUUCUAUGGCCCUUGGUAUAGACUCUGGGCCUCCGGCCACCAGACGAUCAUGACUUUGAUUCAUGGGAAACUCAUAAUUGGCAUCUACUACAGUGCUGUGCCUGUCUUUAGGUUCUGUGUGGAUUUGCUUCGACUCCCAGCUAAGAAAAUCUACUGAAGCUUCUUCUUGGAAGGAAGUGUUUUUUUUAUAGGAAGCAUAAAAGGACUGGUGGUUGUGCUGCAGAAAAAGGGGAAGAGGAAAAAGCACCGUGGAUUAAUGGUUCCUUUUGUUACAAAAUAAGGUGUUCCCUCCCAUUCCCAACUGACUACUGAUUUUUCACUGCCCAUAGCCAAUGGCAAAACUUGUGGCCUUAUCCACUGAGAGGGUGACAUUCAUUCCCAGCAGUUUCUAUCCUUUAGAAAACAGAAUAUUGCUACUUUGGAUUGAAGUGUUCCAGGGUCUCCCAAAUCUUGAUAUAUGGUGUCCUCGCUGCAUCCACUAGUUCUUAGUAGAUAAUCACACAGGGUGGUGAUUAGGACUGGGCAAUAUAUUGAUACAUAGUUUGCAGACCACAUUGUGAGAACUAUUUCAGAAUAAUUGAGCUGGCAAUGUAUUGCAAAGCACAGACUUCACAACUCCAGAGGGCAGUAUAAUUGAGAGCCCUCUGGCAGCUGGGUGCCUGCCUUCCCUUUCCCCUCCAAUGGCUGAACACUCCAAUCCCAGCCUCAGCACCUCCCUGUAACUGUAAUUGCAGUGUCUCUACACUGCAGAAAUCGUGGGUGGGCUGCUUCUUCCUUCUCCCUUUGUCUAGGGAGGAGUGGAAGGAAUUUGCACACCAAACGUGAGGGCUUGCCUGCCUCCGAUAGGAGGAAUCUACAGUGCGCAUAGCACACUGCUUCUUCACCUGAUCUCCCUCAUGGCUGCUCCUUCGACUGAUCUUCACUCUCCCCAAACCUCCAUGUUUCAGACAUAGAUUGGAAUGUUGAAAACCAGAUAUCUAUCAGUCCUAGUAGUGGUUCUUAAAUUUACCAGUAAAAUGCAGUUUAUCUUGUUCUGUGGACACUGAGCAUCUUGUAGUAUCCUAUUUCUGCCAAUUUCACUUCAUUCACUUAUCAUUAAUUGAUCACGGUGUUUGGCAUCCCCUGAUCUUCAAUACAAAUUAGCAAGGUUCUGUUCUGUUUACGCUGGUUGAAACCAUGGGGAACAAUUAACAGCCCAAUAAAAGAAACAAGAAAUAAAGACUUUCCAAGCUACAGUGGAUUUCUGUCCCAGUGUGCUCAAAUCCAACCAUAUUGUAUUUGGUUCCAGCUCAUAGGUUGGUUUUCUAUACCGAUAAGUGAAAAAACACGAAAAAGGGGGAAGUAUGUAAUAAAUUUAGGGAAUGAAUUAUGCUCUUGAUGCAAGCAGUGCCUGUGUAGGAAUAAUUGUUCUACAAAGAGACACUGUCAGUUUGGGUUGGUUAGAAUUUUACCCUUCUGCAAACUGAAUCAUACAGUAUUUAAAAUUAAUGAUGGUGUUUACUUAAACACACCUGAUGGCGUUUAUGUUUAGCCUCACUUAACCACACCCAUGAAGAACUAGUUGGUUUGCCUGAGCAGAGGUGCAGAAAUUUUUUAGGAAGCAGGUGAUUGCUAGUGACAAGUAGAAUGGAUUUGUGUUACCUUUUCAAUGUUAGCCCAGAUUUGAAGAGAAAGGUGAAGAAUGCUCCUCUGUAACCUUCUGAAGAACUAUUCUGCUUAAUGGUCACACAGUGUCCUGUAGUGACAAUGUUUUAAGCAUUCUCUUUCUCUCUCACCUCCCCAUUCUUCUGGUUGCAUUGCCUUAGUUGUGGAAUGCAAGAUACGACAAUUGCCAUAUUUCCUCCAGGUAUAUUUCUCCAACGGGAUGCGUUCUGCAGUCACUGAUACCUCAAGGAGAGAGAAGUUGCCUUAACGGUCAACAUUGCAGCUCAUUUCAUUCAACCAAGGGAAGAUGGUGGGAUGGAGAUUCGUAGAGCUGUGGAACUGCAAAAGACACAACUGAGUAUUUUACUUCAGUUGACCAAAACUUGAAUAUUUAACUGCAAUUUGGCAUACAAAGAAGAGUAUCCUGGACUUUUGUCUUUGUAAACCUUUUUGUUUUGGGAAUCUUUGUAGUGUGUGAGGAAUUUUGUACAUGUUAUACUGUGAAUACUCUUUACUACCAUGAGUUUUAUCAGAAAUGCUCAUUGAUGAGUUCCUGUUUCACAGCCCUGCUUUUCAUAUGCCUGUUUUCUGCUUCUGGCAGAGCAUUGAAGGAGGGAGUCUUGCAUAAUAUUCAGUAAUCCUGUCCAGGGUUGCUCUUUGCAGUUGCUGUGGUGAAUCUUAAUGUCUAGGUUGUUUACUCUCCCAAAGUGGCAUAUUUAAACAAAGGCAUAAGACAGUGAAAUUCCUAGCAUAGCUGUAAUCCUUUAUCGUAGACAAGUAGACCGUAAUGUAGGAUUCAGCAGUAUAA